AUGACCGAGCCAGAGCCUAUGAUUGAGGCUAUGAGCGAUCGCAAAGAUGGUGCAUACGACGGAAAGAGCACAGGUGUCGAGGAAAACGCAUUUCAGCACGAUCGCACCGAUGAGGUUCCAGAGCACCCGAGCAUGACCCAGAAUAAAGCAACCGGUGAAGGAAAACAUCGACAAGAUGAUGACGACGGGUCGAAGAUGCCCACGGGGUCCGCAUCGAAGAAGCGCAAGCGCGAAAUUGGAUUGCCACGAACACCUACCCCCGGGUAUCUUCAGUAUAACACAGCCCGCUAUGAAUUGUAUGAUCCCGAAAGACGCAACACUGGUGCAUCCGUCGACGGACCGUUCAAGUCCUUCCGCCAAUACGAUAAUUAUACACUGUACUCGAAUCCAGGCGUCCAGGAAGCGAAGGAUAUUCCAGGAAAAGGCGUCCGCCUUGAUGAUCUGGCAGUCGCUUUGGUUCUUACUCAGUGCGGUCAAAAGACACUGCAUGAAAAUUGGCCGGCGGAGUUCGAUUUGAAUGGGAUGGUUCGCGCGACGAGAGUGGGUCUUGGUCUCGCCGCGAAAGCCUACCAGUCGGAGGGGGAUGUCGACAUCGAUGGAAACGUGGUGACAAAGGCAGAGGAAGGCUACUAUUACCGGUGGUGGCGCGAUAUACACUGUCUGUGUGGGAAGGAAGGGCUGGAGGCCGGACAGUACAAGAUUCGUCCAUCCCAUGAAGAUCUCGGGCGUCCAGGUUUCGGAUUCAAGAUCUCUUCACGAGCCAAAGUUCAGUUGGAGCCUGGCAACCCCAACGAUCCCAGCUUCUCGUGCUGUAAAGCCUUCACGACGUCCGUCAAGUCCGGGGCCGCUAAUAAGUCCAAGACCGCUACCGAGACCGAGGCGACCGGGAUCGCCUAG